UUUGUUUCUCUCGCUCUUUUUCCUUCUUGCGUGUUGUGUGAGACAAAUCGUCGAACAUGUCGUGCUCGUCCUCCACCUCUCUCCCUCACCCCCUCCUCCGCCCCUCACUCGCUCUCCACACCAAAUCCCGCCUCUCACGACCCAAGAUACUCCCCUCCCCUGUGCGUGCCAUCACCAUCGGCGUUAGUGAUCUCAUGGAGGUCACUCAUAACAAGGUUCUGGUGGCCGCUGCUGUCUCUGCUGCCAUUGGACAAGUUGCGAAACCUAUAGUUAAAGCUGUGAAUGGUGAUGGUCUUGAUUUGUGGGCUGCCGUCCGGUCUGGUGGCAUGCCGUCCACGCACUCCUCUAGCGUUGUGGCUGCUGCUACUUCACUUGGUCUGGAAAGGGGUUUCUCGGAUUCGAUUUUUGGCAUGUCUGUUGUUUUUGCGGCUCUCGUCAUGUAUGAUGCACAGGGAGUACGGAGAGAAGUGGGUAAGCAUGCCAUGACUCUGAACAGCUUGCUGAAGAUCCAAGAGAAGUUGGCACUCUAUCAAGAAAAAGAAGAUCUUGGUGACUCAAAACCCGGAAUGGCCACCAUUAAUUUGAAAACUCUUGCCCCUUUGCUCUCUCUAUCUGAAAAGUCCACUUCUUAUACAUCAUCAGAUUCAAAAUCUUAUACAGCCAACCAGCAAGGAAGCUCAUCAAGCAAAUUGGAUCCCAUACGAAAUUUGACAGUUGAUGGUGAAGAGCCAUCUGAGAAGAACCACAUUGAAGACAGAUCACUGAGUGAAUCAGUUGGUCACACAGAGAUUCAGGUCAUCGUCGGCGCUCUUUUGGGCUUUCUCGUCAGUUUAGCUACCGAAUUCAUACUGUAGGUUAAUUUUCUUUUUAUACCAAAAUGAUACUGGCAUUUAUUGUUAUGUUAAACCACAAUUGUACAGUGAAUCAUUAAAGGUCAAAAUAUACGGGUGAACCUGUGAACAGUUUGAUUACUGGUGUUCACUCAUUAAAGAGCCAAAUGAUAGAUGUUUUCAUGUUGGAUCA